UGACGCCACGAAUCGGUUCACUGUAAGAGGGGAGGGCCUUCUUCUCCAGGGGAGGGCUACGUGUUGACGCCAUACGCCAGGGCGGGGCCGAGAGUUUAGAGCCCCGGAGUGGGGUGUCGGCGCCUCAUUCGGGUGGAGCUGAGCCGGAGACAGGCAGUUGUGAAAAACUUCAGGACAAAAAUGUUUCAUUUAAGGACUUGUGCUGCUAAGUUGAGGCCGUUGACGGCUUCCCAGACUGUUAAGACAUUUUCACAAAACAGACCAGCAGCAGCUAGGACAUUUCAACAGAUUCGGUGCUAUUCUGCACCCGUUGCUGCUGAGCCCUUUCUCAGUGGGACUAGUUCGAACUAUGUGGAGGAGAUGUACUGUGCUUGGCUGGAAAACCCCAAAAGUGUACAUAAGUCAUGGGACAUUUUUUUUCGCAACACGAAUGCUGGAGCCCCACCGGGCACUGCCUACCAGAGUCCCCUUCCCCUGAGCCGAGGUUCCCUGGCUGCUGUGGCCCAUGCACAGUCCCUGGUGGAAGCACAGCCCAACGUGGACAAGCUUGUGGAGGACCACCUGGCGGUGCAGUCGCUCAUCAGGGCAUAUCAGAUACGAGGGCACCAUGUAGCACAGCUGGACCCCCUGGGGAUUUUGGAUGCUGAUCUGGACUCCUCCGUGCCCGCUGACAUUAUCUCAUCCACAGACAAACUUGGAUUCUAUGGCCUGGACGAGUCUGACCUCGACAAGGUUUUCCACUUGCCCACCACCACUUUCAUCGGGGGACAGGAAUCAGCACUUCCUCUGCGGGAGAUCAUCCGUCGGCUGGAGAUGGCCUACUGCCAGCAUAUUGGGGUGGAGUUCAUGUUCAUCAAUGACCUGGAGCAGUGCCAGUGGAUCCGGCAGAAGUUUGAGACCCCUGGAAUCAUGCAGUUCACAAAUGAGGAGAAGCGGACCCUGCUGGCCAGGCUUGUACGGUCCACCAGGUUUGAGGAGUUCCUACAGCGGAAGUGGUCCUCUGAGAAGCGCUUUGGUCUAGAAGGCUGUGAGGUACUGAUCCCUGCCCUCAAGACCAUCAUCGACAAGUCGAGUGAGAACGGCGUGGACUACGUGAUUAUGGGCAUGCCACACAGAGGGCGGCUGAACGUGCUUGCAAAUGUCAUCAGGAAGGAGCUGGAACAGAUCUUCUGUCAAUUCGAUUCAAAGCUGGAGGCAGCUGAUGAGUCUGCACAGACCAUGUUGUCACAAGUUUGCCCUUGCCCCAAUAUGGAUAGCUGCCAAGCCCUCUUUCUGAGCCUCCUCGUCACCUCGCCUCAAGCCCUCCCAUGUCCCCAGCAGGAUCACAGCCGAUUACCACAAUGCAGUAUGGCAUGGCGGUCGCAGUACAACAUCACCAAGAUGAUCAAGAACAAGUACCAUGACAAGAGGAAGACUGACUACAGGUGCCAGCAGAAGACAGACUGGACAGAAAAAACAUUUUGGAUUUGGGGUCUCCUUUGGUGUCUACAGGUCAUGUCCAUCCUGUUGCAUGGGGACGCUGCAUUUGCUGGCCAGGGCAUUGUGUACGAGACCUUCCACCUCAGCGACCUGCCAUCCUACACAACUCACGGCACCGUGCACGUGGUCGUCAACAACCAGAUCGGCUUCACCACCGACCCUCGGAUGGCCCGCUCCUCCCCCUACCCCACCGAUGUGGCCCGAGUGGUGAAUGCUCCCAUUUUCCACGUGAACUCAGAUGACCCCGAGGCUGUCAUGUAUGUGUGCAAAGUGGCGGCCGAGUGGAGGAGCACCUUCCACAAGGACGUGGUCGUCGAUUUGGUGUGUUACCGGCGCAACGGCCACAACGAGAUGGAUGAGCCGAUGUUCACGCAGCCGCUCAUGUACAAGCAGAUCCGCAAGCAGAAGCCCGUGUUACAGAAGUACGCCGAGCUGCUGGUGUCGCAGGGUGUGGUCAACCAGCCCGAGUAUGAGGAGGAAAUUUCCAAGUAUGAUAAGAUCUGUGAGGAAGCUUUUGCCAGAUCUAAAGAUGAGAAGAUCUUGCACAUUAAGCACUGGCUGGACUCUCCUUGGCCUGGCUUCUUCACCCUGGACGGGCAGCCCAGGAGCAUGUCCUGCCCCUCCACGGGUCUGACGGAGGAUAUUCUGACACACAUCGGGAACGUGGCUAGCUCUGUGCCUGUGGAAAACUUUACUAUUCAUGGAGGGCUGAGCCGGAUCUUGAAGACUCGUGGGGAAAUGGUGAAGAACCGGACUGUGGACUGGGCUUUGGCAGAGUACAUGGCGUUUGGCUCGCUCCUGAAGGAGGGUAUCCACAUCCGACUGAGCGGCCAGGACGUGGAGCGGGGCACAUUCAGCCACCGCCACCAUGUGCUCCAUGACCAGAACGUGGACAAGAGAACCUGCAUCCCCAUGAACCACCUCUGGCCCAAUCAGGCCCCCUACACCGUGUGCAACAGCUCACUGUCUGAGUACGGCGUGCUGGGCUUUGAGCUGGGCUUCGCCAUGGCUAGUCCUAAUGCCCUGGUCCUCUGGGAAGCCCAGUUUGGUGACUUCCACAACACGGCCCAGUGCAUCAUCGACCAGUUCAUCUGCCCGGGACAAGCCAAGUGGGUGCGGCAGAAUGGCAUCGUGUUGCUGCUGCCCCAUGGCAUGGAGGGCAUGGGUCCAGAACAUUCCUCCGCCCGCCCAGAGCGGUUCCUGCAGAUGUGCAACGAUGACCCAGACGUCCUGCCAGACCUUAAAGAAGCCAACUUUGACAUCAAUCAGCUGUAUGACUGCAAUUGGGUUGUUGUCAACUGCUCCACCCCUGGCAACUUCUUCCACGUGCUACGACGCCAGAUCUUGCUGCCCUUCCGGAAGCCGUUAAUUAUCUUCACCCCCAAAUCCCUGUUGCGCCACCCCGAGGCCAGAUCCAGCUUUGAUGAGAUGCUUCCAGGAACCCACUUCCAGCGGGUGAUCCCAGAAGAUGGCCCUGCAGCUCAGAACCCAGAGAAUGUCAAAAGGCUUCUUUUCUGCACCGGCAAAGUGUACUAUGACCUCACCCGAGAGCGCAAAGCACGCGACAUGGUGGGGCAGGUGGCCAUCACAAGGAUCGAGCAGCUGUCGCCAUUCCCCUUUGACCUCCUGCUGAAGGAGGUGCAGAAGUACCCCAACGCUGAGCUGGCCUGGUGCCAGGAGGAGCACAAGAACCAAGGCUACUAUGACUACGUGAAGCCAAGACUUCGGACCACCAUCAGCCGCGCCAAGCCCGUCUGGUAUGCCGGCCGGGACCCAGCAGCUGCUCCAGCCACUGGCAACAAGAAGACCCACCUGACGGAGCUGCAGCGCCUCCUGGACACGGCCUUCGACCUGGACGUCUUUAAGAACUUCUCAUAGAUGCUGCCUAGGGUUGCUUGGGCCACUGCCCUCUCCACACCCAUGACUGCCCCUUGCUUCUCAACUAAAGAAUAGUGCCUCAGCGCUGCCCACACCACCGCCUUCCUCGCUGUGCCGCCACCCCUCCCUCUGCUCUCAUAGGAGUUAGGCUGUCGUCCCCCUCCAGUGCUUGGCUGCCCCACAGGCCACACACUGCCCAGGCUCUGCUGACUUCCAGGAGGCCAGGGGGAGCAGGAGGAGGAAAGGUAGCCCCUGAGGGAUGUCCUUGGGGAGGGGUCAGCUCUGGCCACAACCCUCCCCACCAGUGUCACCUACUAGGGUAGGGACUGGGCCUUGUGUGGCUUCCUAGUGUGCUGGCAACCCCGUCACCCAGCAAGGCACAGGCUCCUGUAUUUGAGACUAGGAUAGCUUCAUCUUGAGCCUGAGCCUUAGAAUCUAUAGAGGAUCCUGGAGUCAGAUCUAGCCAUGGCUGGCAGAGGUUUCUAGGGUGGGCCCCAGCUAUGGGGUGAACGGAGGACGACCCGGGGCAGCUGGCAGGAGAGAGCCUUGGCCUGACCUGGCACAGAAAGGGCAGCUUCAGUCUCUGCAGUGUCCAUUGUCUGCUGUUCCUUCGAGGGUUCCAGUCUGUGUGUGGGGCCCAAGCAUGUCCCACCCACCCCGCCUGGGCCCAGGCAGCACCUGGAGCCCACAGAGUCUGUGCAUAGCUAGGAAACCCGGCUCAGGUUGCCACCACCGGGGCACUGGCUGGUCUGUCUUGGUCCUGUUAACCCUCCACCUCCACCCACCUCCUCCCUUGGCCUCUUUCCCCACCCCAACCAUUCUUUCUUUCUCCUUUAACCCAAUGGAGACUUUCUGAUGCAUCAUUUUCUUUGCUGUGCCAAAGCAGGUCAGAAGAGGGAGAGGAGGGGCUGGGGAUGAGGGGCAGACCAUGGCCAAGGGGCCGGCUGCCCCUCAUUCAUCACUCUGACCUUCACAGGGACAGAUCUGAUUUAUUUAUUUUGGUUAAAAAAAAAAAAAAAAAAGGAACAGAAACAACUUUGCAUUGCAUUGGCUUGACCCAUAAACUAAGUUAUAUCCGUGGGCA